AUGGAGGUCGAUAACAUCUCCUUUCCCCACCAUCUUCUGGGUAUAAUUCUAGCGAUAGCAGACUCAGAUCUUGUAUCUUUUGACCUGGAACUCUCCGGAAUACCCUCACGAAUACCGAGUUUUCCACGAGCUCGCGGUAGGGCAUCGCUCGAAGAUCGCUAUCUUGAAUGCAAGGCUGGCGCCGAGAGAUAUCAAAUCCUGCAGGUGGGUAUUACGUGCGCCCAUUUCGAUUAUAUAGCCAACAAAUAUGUCCUGCGACCGUACAAUAUCAAUAUAAGUCCUCUGGUUGAAGAACGUCUUGACAUCGAACGCGAGGUAUCAUUCCAAACAGGCGCAAUAUCGUUCUUGCUUGAACAUGGUUUCGAAUUCAACCUACCUUUCACCAGAGGAGUGCAAUAUCUUUCGAGAGCCGAGGCCGCACGAGCACAGCAGUUGGCCAACGACCGCUUCGACAAGAAAAAUCAUGUCGAUGACCUCCAGCUAAAGGAGACCGACGUGGACUCGCUAGACUUCGUUCGCCGUGUAAGAGAUGCAAUCACGAAGUGGAAGAAGUCCUCCAAGGGUUCACUGGAGAUCACCACUCACACUGGACUCAAGAUGCAGCCCGAGCUUCCUGCAAUCACUCGCUUCGAGAAACGUCUCGUGCAUCAGCUCGUGCGUGCCGAAUUCCGUGACCUUGUGACACUAUCAAAGCCGGACCACAUCCGUAUAAUUCAUUUCGAUGCAGACCGAGAGGCCGACAAUGCUCGCAGAAUGAAGAAGAGAGUGAAAGAGCAGAUUCUGAAGCAAACGGGCUUCCGAUGGGUGGUAGAAGCUUUGGCUGGUGGUUCUCUCCAAGAGCUCGACCCUGUAUAUUUCGCGAAAGAUACCACGGGCAUGGUCAUCGCUGCCGAUCUCGAUAGCAUCAAGCACCGGUUUAGGCGAGCGCAGGACCAGCUUAGCCGAGCGCAGCCCAUCCUCGUUGGACACAACAUGUUUACUGAUAUAGUCUACUUCUACAAGACGUUUAUAGGAGAUCUACCAGAUACUCUGGGUGAGUUCUGCAGUGCAGUCCAUAAGAUUUUCCCCAGGAUCAUCGAUACCAAGUACCUGGCAACCUUCGACGGUGGGGAUUUGAAUGCGUCGCCCCCUUUGCAGGAGAUUUCGGAGAGUCUCAAAACUCAACUCUUCCCGAAAAUCGCUACCCACGCUCACCAUACCAAGUAUCACGACACCGAAGCGUUCCAUGAGGCAGGAUACGACAGUCUUUUGACAGCCACUGUCAUGAUCCGUUUGUCGGCAAAGCUAAAUGCCACCAUGUAUAAGUCGUCUCCGCCGUCCUUGGCUUCAGGCUCCCUUGAUAGCUUCAAGACCGCAAUCGAGGAAAACCCACUUUUGCUUGAUGGCCGGGACAAGGCUGAGAGGCCAGUCACACUGCCACCCGUCGAUGAUUCACAGUCGCAUGUAGCGCUAAUAUCGCUUGAUUCCCUCCACAUCUCAGAUACGGACCAGAAGAAGAAAAGAGACAGAAGUAGGGGAAGGAAGGAUCGCGCAUCGAAUGAGAAAGAUAGCCAGAAAUUUGCGACGUUCAACAUCUUCGAGGGCUUACGUGCCUUGAAUUCAACAGCCCUAGAGGAUGAUGAUGGCAGUGUAUCGCCUGAUGGUGGCGUUCCUACUUGGGGGCACGCUGACGACACUCUGGCGCAAACGAUCAAUGGAAUCGAAAGAGACCCCAUGGAGCUUUUGCCUCCGCCCGAUUCCGCCUUCUGGGAAGAUUUUGGAAAUCGUCUCCGGAUCUUCGGUACCCAAGAGGCUGUUCUUAGAAUUGCGGAUUGGGUGAAGGCAUAA